UGAUCUUUCUCUCUGAAAGUACUAGGGUUCAAUCAUGGAAAUAAAGGACUAAAAAGUGAUGAGAAGAACUUAAUUAAUUCCCUUACCAACCUAUACAAGAGAUCAAAGUUGGGCUUCUUGGAGACAAUAAUAUCGUGCAAGUUUGCUUUAAUUUGUUUCUUUGUUUUCUACUUUGAAUCAACAGCUUUUUCUCCCUCCUUUGUUCUCUUAUCAUGUGUACUACUACUACAACUACUGUUGUUUAUUAGGAAAUGCAGCAUAAGAGAAGCAACCCAGAAGAUCAUGACUUGGUGCAAUGACCGCAAUGAUGUUCAGACAAUCGAGAGUAGGCAACGAUCCUCACCUCCACCUGCAACUUCCAAUCAUAAUAAUGACAAUAGUAAUGUUCUUAUUGCUCAAAGACACAAGGAGGGUGAGAGUCUAUGCAGAACUUGUCCUUCAUGUGGUUUUCAAAUCAAAUGCCAAGACCAGGCUGGACUUCAUGAUUUGCCAGGGCUGCCGGCCGGAGUGAAGUUCGAUCCGACAGAUCAAGAGAUUCUAGAACAUUUGGAAGGGAAGGUGAGGGGUGAUACUCGUAAGGUUCACCCUCUGAUUGAUGAGUUCAUACCAACACUUGAAGGAGAGAAUGGGAUUUGCUACACCCAUCCAGAGAAAUUGCCAGGGGUUAGCAAAGAUGGGCUAGUUCGUCACUUCUUUCACAGGCCAUCAAAGGCAUACACAACAGGAACCAGAAAGAGAAGGAAGGUGCACACAGAGGCCGAGGGCGGCGAGACGCGGUGGCACAAAACAGGCAAGACUAGGCCAGUUUACUUUGGUGGCAAAAUCAAAGGAUACAAGAAAAUACUUGUUCUCUACACCAACUAUGGCAAGCAAAGGAAGCCUGAGAAAACAAAUUGGGUGAUGCACCAAUACCAUCUUGGCAAUAAUGAGGAAGAGAGAGAUGGAGAGAUUGUGGUCUCAAAAGUUUUCUACCAAACACAGCCUAGACAAUGUAGCAAGGGUCAGAGCUCUCAUCAUCAUCAUCAUCAUCAUUUUAAAGAUGGAGGGAUCGUUGAUCAUCAUAAUCAGACGUACUAUAAUCCUUCAUUUUUAUCCUUUGAUCAAGGUGGGUCCAACAGAUCAAGUUCUCAACUAAUGCCAAAUUUUGGUGUCCAUGAUGGAUCUUCUUUUAUUCCUUGAAGAAGAAGCAGAUUGCAUUGGAGGAAUAAAUUAAUGUUCUUACUUGUUCUAGCCUUUAGGAGAGCCAAAAAAAGGUUGGAAGGAAUAAGGUUUCUUGGAUUAAUUAAUGCUAAGAAACCAAGAUUCUUCUAAGGUUACAACUGUAUACUAAUUAAAGAGAUGCAUAUAUAUACUUACAAUAACUUCUGUUACUUUGUAAUGCAUCUACUUUGUGCAGUGUCAGAAGAUGUAACUUGUAAGUUUCACAUGAGCCCCUUUCAUGUUAACAGACCGACUGUACAAAGAUUAUUCUAACACACUUGAUACUAUGUUCUUUUAUUCUCGUUCUAUUAUCUGGUUUAUAUUUAGGCUUUUGUUUACUGAGCGUAGGAAUCCCCUU